UCCUUUCCUCCAUGGGUCAGUGUGUUUCAUGACAGGUGAGGAGGUGGACCUUGUACACCACGAGUCACUUGGGCACCUGUGGACAAUCACGACACAAAGAUGGGGUGGUUGAGGAUGGUGGUGGUGGGGCUGAUGGUGGUUAUUAUCGCCCAUAAACUCUCCAAGAUGAACAAGGAGCCUCCACUACCAACCCUUGACCCCAACCCUUGGUGGGCACCUGGAGAACCACAACAGGAAGACGUCUCCAUCAAUCGCUUCAACAUCAAUUUCUCCAAAAAGGAGGUAGAUGACCUAAAGGCCCGUCUGGCGCUGCCCUUGAGACUCACCCCAGGCCUGGAAGACGCCAACUUCACCUAUGGCAUCAACGCUGACACCUUACACACAAUUGUACAAUACUGGAGAAAGAAAUAUGACUGGAACAAGCGGCAGACUAGACUUAACACCUAUCCUCACUUCAAGACGCACAUCGAGGGUCUAGACAUUCACUUCAUGCGAGCAGGUGCCAAGGCGGGGAGUGCCAAGAAUGUGAAGGUAGUGCCACUGUUGUUGAUCCACGGGUGGCCGGGCUCCUUCGUGGAGUUCUAUGACAUCUUGCCGCUGCUCACCAACCCACAGGAGGGCAGCAGUGUUGUGUUUGAGGUUAUCUGUCCCUCCAUCCCUGGCUAUGGCUUCUCUCAGGGCUCAUCCAAACAAGGUUUUGGUCAGCUUGAAGCAGCCCAGGUGUUCCUUAAGCUGAUGAAGAGGCUGGGAUACAAGCAGUUUUACCUACAGGGUGGAGACUGGGGUUCACUCAUAGCUUCCAACAUGGCCACAAUGUACCCUAACAACAUUUUAGGUAUCCAUGUGAAUAUGUUUACAAUCAACACUCCUGGAGCCAACCUGAAGAUGGUACUGGGGGCAUUACUACCUGCUGGGGUGGUGGUGGAGGAGGAGGACCAACACAAGCUCUACCCUCUCUCCACCUUCGUCUCCAUGAUGGCUCGUGAGUCUGGCUACUUGCACCUUCACGCCACUAAACCUGAUACUAUUGGAGCGGCACUUAACCAGAGCCCAGUAAGCCUGGCAGCGUACAUCUUGGAGAAGUUCAGCAGCUGGACCCACAGGGACAACCUUCACCAGCCUGAUGGUAGCCUCUUGCAGCAACACUUUCCUAUAUCUCUUGAUGCUAUGUUGGACAAUAUCUGCAUCUACUGGUUCACAAGCACCAUCACCACCAGCGUUCGUUUGUACGCCGAGACCUUCAACAAAAAUUUCGUCUCUAAAUCCCUUGACAAUAUCCCAUGUGUCGUGCCGGCUGGGUUAGUCACCUUUGCCCAUGAGUCUGUUAACUCACCCAAGAGCUUCGCCUCACACAAGUACUACAACAUCGUCACCAACAAUGACCAGGCUACAGGAGGUCACUUUGCCGCCAUGGAAGAACCAGCACUCCUCGCGACAGACCUUCACCAGUUUGUCAACAUUGUAGAGAAGAAGAGAACCUGAACUCUCGUUGUGACGGAGUUGUUAUAUACAGUACACACAACACUGGGCUUCUAUUAUUAUUAUUAUUAUAGCUGUCAUAUACAUACGUUAUCGUUUUGUUUGGUGCCAGUUUUAUAAAGUCUACGGGAAUUGCUCGCCCUGUUUCAGACAUAGUCACGUGAAUAUGGUAAGAAAAUUGACCUUAACCUUUGAUCUUUAUGGUAAAUUCCUUUCACUGUUGGUUCAAUGAUCUCUGAGAACCUUUAAGAUAUCAUUGUACAGAUGCUGGGGUGAACGAGACAUCCCAGUGGCGGGAAAUUAUCGUAAAUAAAGAUAAAUCAAGCAAC